AUGGAAGCGACUAAAUUUAUCAAAUCUUUAACUUGGAGCGAUGCAUCUUAUGCACUAAAUGAAUUUCUCGAUACGUUUGGUGUUCCCAACUUGGUGUGUUGUUCCCAAGAAGGCGGCCACUACGGGAUGAACGACACUUGUACUUUUGAUAAUAAUCAAGUUCUCAUGUUGCAUGCCCUUCGCACCAAACACAAUUUGAUGGCAGAAGACUCGGAUGGACGACCUAUUUCAAUCCCACUAAAGUGUGAAAAUAAUCUCCUGCGCUGUCCUUUGUCGAUAUAUUGUAAAUACGACCCAAUAUAUGUCUCACAAAUGUCGCACGUAUAUCCAGACAUUAAAUACUUCCGUGUUUUGGAGAAUCAUUGGAGCGAACGAAUGAAAUACCUUAAGCCGGAAUCCAUAUUGGAAAUUGAACACAUUGAUUCUAGUAACUCUGCCGUGAAAUUCAGAGAUAUUGACCAGCCGUUGCCGUUAAAUUGUCGUGUUAAAUAUAUAUCUCUAAAUAUUGAGUUGGUCAGUUUAAUUUAGUUCUGAUCGAUGUAGUAAAAAUAAUUCCUUUUAGGAGUUUAAUGACUCGUCCAAAUUUUGUUAACGUUGAGUUGUUUAAGUUUUGCCUUUUCCCAAGAGAAUUAAUUAAAAUAACUCUUUUUUCAGUAAAGUUUAAAAAUAUCUCUUCUGACAUAACUCUCUACGAAGGAGUAAUUUGAACUCCACUUAAAGAGCUUUUUCAACUCUGUGAAAUUCUUUGUUUACAGGAGGAAACCUAAAACUAUAAAACAAUGCUGGACAGCUCUGUCAGUUCUAAACUGGUUAUAUUUUACAGAUCUAUAGUAAGCUAGGGCUAUCACUUACUGCUCCAGUGGCAGUAUAUUCUAUAGUAGGAAACCUAAACUAAACUCAGAGCUAAACUAACUUCAUUCAUACUGGAUGAAGGCGGAAAAAAUUGGCACCGAAAAAAAUGUUACCAUAAAAAAUUGAUUAAUACGGGAAAAUGGCAUCGAGUUUAGAUAGAUAAAAACUUUAUUUAUACACGCUGACCCCGUCAACCGAAACUGAUUUCCACGAGGGGCGUUUGCAAAAAUUGAAAAAAUUCCAUAAAGAAGAUAUUAGGGCCAUUUAUACGAGACAAAAUAAGUCGCGACUUACAUAAGACGCGUCUUAAAUAAGUGCAUGGAGUUACCGUAUAAAUGCUAUAGCUAUAAUGUUGUUUUGGUCAGUGUUUUUGUUUUAUUUAUGCAAGGCUAAUAAUUUUACGUUGUUUCAAGUUUCGGGCAUGUACAGUUAGACUUUUUAUCUAAAAUGUCUUAUUUAAGACGCGACUUAAUUAAAUAAGAACAGCUAAAAAUCCUGUUCUUAUUUAAGUCGCGUCUUAUCCAAGUCCCAAGCGCGACUUACAUUAGAAUUUUGUACCUAUACGACAAACUCGCGUCUUCUGUAGGUCGCGACUUAUUUUGUCCCGUAUUAAGAGCUAUUUACAAAAAUUUGGCAAAAUACUAAAUUAUUUACAUGAUACGAACGCUAUUAGAAUAUUUACAGGCACAUCAAUUUACUUAUUACUCUAUUUCAAUGAUGUGAGCAGCGAUUUAUUUUGAAAGGAAGAAAGAGUGUUGCUUUCCCUAAUUUCCUUUGGAAUAGAAUUCCAAAGGUAUACUCCGUCAUACAUGAAACUAUUUUUCAUAUUGUUUCAACGCGGAUUUGGUAAACUAUAGCGACAGCAGACUGAUCUCAGCCGACCCCCCCCUUCCCCCUGCAGCGGCGGAGAAACAGUCUGCGUUCAAUCAACACUAAUGCCGUACAGUUGCUCCCGCACAACGGGGGCCGGAAUAUGAUUGGUUGAAAUUUUCCUUUGUAAUCACUCCGAAAACUGCAUAAAUUACAUUGUUAAAACGGCGGAUUUCUAAAGUUUGAAGAGAACAGUCGAAGACGUUAAGUCCCUUUUCUCUGUCGAUACAUCAAAACAAGAACAAGAGGAAGCCUUGUUCAAAUUUCGUGUCUAAGAGAGAUGUGUUUGUUAACCUGCCAACUGGUUUUGGCAAGUCUUUAAUAUGAAGAUGUCUAGUAUUCCAAAGGUCUUAGGUUGUGGGCCGUUGUGCGAAAAAAUGCUUAGAAAAGCAAUUUCGUGGCAACCCCCUGGGGAAUAGAUUUUCUGUGGUUCAAUGCAUAGUACCAUAGAUGCUCAAUCACCAAAAAAAGUUCCCAAUCAAAAAACUUGCCAAACACCGAGAAAAUGGGUGAUCAGUGAUUAUCCUCUAUUAAAUUGUAUUACAGCAAGAAAAUGUGAAAUUUUGUAUUCAAUUACAACAAAAAUGACUUGCAUCAUUAAAAAGCUUACAAAAAUAAGACAUUUAAACAGUUUUUUUAUAUCUCAAAUUGUAUAUUUCGAGUUAUACGCUGUCAAAAACGCGUCGCGUUUUUGACCUAGUACCCAGUCCUUAUUGCGACAUUUUGGUCCAAUUUUUACAUUAAAAGUAUACGUAAAACAGCAAUAACUCAAAGACUAUUUGAAGGAUCAAAAAACUGUUUACUGGAGUCUUAUAUGCGGUUUUUUCUAAGCGUGCUGAUGAUGCAAGUCAUUUUUGUUGUAAUUGAAUACAAAAUUUCACAUUUUCUUGCUGUAAUACAAUUUAAUAGAGGAUAAUCACUGAUCACCCAUUUUCUCGGUGUUUGGCACGUUUUUUGCUUGGGAACUUUUUGUGGUAAUUGAACAUCUAUAGUACUAUGCAUUGAACCACAGAAAAUGUAUUCCCCAGGGGGUUGCCACGAAUAUGCCAGGCAUAUUUUUCAAGCUUGCCCGGUAUGGAUAUACACUCAGAGUAACAUCACAAGCAUCAAGUCUUUAAUAUAUCAAAUGGCUCCUAUUUGGCAUGACAAUGACAAGUCCUACUGGACUUGACAUUUUUUUAAUAAUUUUAAAUUAAUUAUGCAAAUACUGCUUACGUGACUGUACGGCAUUAGGGUUGAUUGAUCGCAGGCUGUUUCUCCACCGCUCCACGGGGGUCGGCUGAGAUCAGUCUGCUAUCGCAAACAAAGACCAUUUGAAAUUUCCCGAAGGUUGUAAUUUGUUUUCUCACUUUUGUAUGAAAAAAGAUAAGUAAGUGAUUUGGGACUUAUUUUAUUUAACCGACUUUAUGCAUCAUUUUUGCCUUGGCUUUCUUUCUGUUUCGAGUGGUUCCCAGCCUAGUGCACAUAAAGCAAUAGAGUGAUUUACGUCAUUGUUCAUAUCCAUAAUAACUGUGGCAGCUCUAUUUUGUAGUUUUUGGAGAAAUUUUGUAUAUGUAACAGGUUGGUUUCGAGUGUAAUUUGGAAAACUGAAACAUGCAUGCACGAGUGAGUUUUUCAAAGACGAUCAAAAUUGCACGUCCGAAGGAGAAGUGUAUGUUUUUUUCAAAUUAUACGAGAAAUGUUUUAUCACAUAUAAAACACGACCCGUUUAUUUCUGCUGGAAAUUGCUGUAUCUUAUUGGCUAUUUUUAUUAUUGUUUCAUAUCAGAAAGCCUAAAUUGUCAAUGAAAUUUGCACUGUAUUUCUUUUUUUGCACUGUAUUUAAUUUUUUGGCACUUUGGUAUUUCGAUUUUCGAAAGAAAUUGCACAGCUCUUAGCCAAUCAGAAUUGAGAAAUUUUUUUCAUGUAUCAUUAUUAGGUACUGUUACAAGAACAAUAUUUGUUCUUAAAAGUAUAAACCUCUCGUAUUGUCAUUGAGUAUUAAUUACGCAAAAUUUGAAAAUAAGAGGUGCAUGAUUUAAAUAGACAAAAAAUUAAAAUAUAUAGUAUGUGCUGUACUUAAAGUUUGGGGUUUACAUAAUGUGCGAUAUUUGAAAUUGAAAUUGCAGGAACCAUUCACUAUUUUUAUCAAAUACAGAGCAAUAAUAACUUCGAAAAAUCGGUCUAUUGGCGUAUUGCAUUGCAUAUGAAAUAGAAUGGUUAAAUGUGUUUUUUUCCCGUUUCAAUCGCAUUUCAAAUUUUCAGUAUAUGGCGCCAGUUUUCCCGAUCACUUUGCUUCACAUAUUUAUAAUAUACAUGAAAAAAUUGGUUCAGAAGAGUGCGAUUUUAUCGAAAUACAGCGCCAAAAAAAGAAAUACAGUUUUCGGACUCGUGCAAUUUUGGUCGUUUUCUCACAUGCAUUAAAUUGCAAUCGAAACCGUACUCUUACCUCUGAUAAGCCAGUAGAAAUCCUUCUGUUUGUCCUGAUUUUAUUCUUCUCUGUGUGUAUUGAAUUUUGCUAAACAUGUUUUCAUUAGGUGCGGUUUUUACCAACCCCGAAUGCAAAUCAAGAAGUUGACAACGAAUUUGAGAAUUUGGUCUCAAACCUCGGAAAGGUUAAUGUUAUCCACAGCGCAAAACCACAGACGGUGGUUGUUGCAACAAAGAUUAAUGCUGAUUCUUCAGGCUUGGCUAAAACGUCUGUAACUGAUUGCUUGCAGAUACCAAAAGAUUAUGACCUGAAUGUUUGCGUGGCCAAGGAAUUACUUGAAAAGAAUCCUACUUACUUAAAUGUCGUCAGCGAACUGAAUCAAGCUUUUCUUGAUAAAUAUGAUUUAAAAGAAUUGGAUAAUUCGCACAAAUGCCAGUACUUGGAUGAGCCGAGUGGAAAUAUAAAGACAAUAGUUUGUUCAGUUCUGGCGGCAAAAGUUCAUGAACGUAAUAACGUUGCAGAAUCACUACCAAGAAACUCUGGUAAUGUAAAAGUCCCACCGGCCCUACCCCCCAAGCCGACGUCCCGUAGUGGAAGGCAAAUCACACCCCCUACUUGCGAUCAACAGUCUCGAAAAACAGAAACGGUUAGGCAAUAUGAAAUAUGCAAAGAUACCAAUGAAAAAGCGCAGAAGGUAAGGCAGUACGAUGACGUCAAGGUUCGUUGCUCCAGAGAGCAGUAUGAUGAUGAUAUCAAGCCUCGGUGGCCCACAGAGGAAUACGCAUACAAAAAGGAUCAUCAUAUAUACGAAAGCAUCAGUGACAAUUCAAACGAUGACGCUUACGAAUAUAUUGACGAUGGCGGUUACGAAGACAUUGAUAAUGACGAGACGUCACAUGAUUACGUGGAUAUGACAUCACAUGAUUACGUGGAUAUGACAUUACAUGAUUUCGUGGCUAUGACGUCACAGGGUCACGUGAGUAUGACAUCAGAGGAAGAUCAGUACUACACAAUGAGUCGUAACGAAAACACUAGUACAAGUCCGAGAUUGGAACGUAAAGGUGAAAACCUGACUGAAACGACCAAGCUGGAACCCGCCAGGAAAUGUUUGGUCAAGCUUCCUUUCCCAGCAGAUGCGUCUACUCCAAGACCUGACAAUAAAACCUCCGCUGAAACUACGAGAUUGGAAACUAAACUAAGUCCAAGAUUGGAACGUAAAGGUGAAAACCUGACUGAAACGACCAAACUGGAUCCCGCCAAGAAAUGUUUGGUCAAGCUUCCUUUCCCAGCAGAAGCGUCUACUCCAAGACCUGACAAUAAAACCUCCACUGAAACUACGAGAUUGGAAACUAAACUAAGUCCGAGGUUGGAACGUAAAAGUGAAAACCUGACUGAAACGACCAAACUGGAACCCGCUGGGAAAAUUUUGGUCAAGCUUCCUUUCCCAGCAGAUGCGUCUACUCCAAGACCUGACAAUAAAACCUCCACUGAAACUACGAGAUUGGAAACUAAACUAAGUCCGAAGUUGGAACGUAAAAGAGAAAACCUGACUGAAACGACCAAGCUGGAACCAGCUAGGAAAUGCUUGGUCAAGCUUCCUUUCCCAGCAGAUGCGUCUACUCCAAGACCUGACAAUAAAACCUCCACUGAAACUACGAGAUUGGAAACUAAACUAAGUCCGAGGUUGGAACGUAAAAGUGAAAACCUGACUGAAACGACCAAACUGGAACCCGCUGGGAAAAUUUUGGUCAAGCUUCCUUUCCCAGAAGAUGCGUCUACUCCAAGACCUGACAAUAAAACCUCCACUGAAACUACGAGAUUGGAAACUAAACUAAGUCCGAGGUUGGAACGUAAAGGUGAAAACCUGACUGAAACGACCAAACUGGAACCCGCCAGGAAAUAUUUGCUCAAAUUUCCUUUCCCAGUAGAUCCGGACAAUAAAACCUCCUCUGAAAUUACGAGGUCGGAACCAAAUUAUAGUGAAGCCUCGGAUAAAUCUAUCAAGCUGAAAGUUGAUAAUAAAACCUCGCAAAAAGUUUCUAGUCCAACAGAUCUGUCUGCUCAGAAUUUGAAACCUGGAAGCGAUAACUAUGCCGAAAAUAUUACGCUGGAACCUGUCAGUAAAAAACUUGUCCCAAAAACUAGAACUCGGUCCAUGGUUCUUUCUCGUAAACCUGCUUUUGCUAUUCCUAAAGACCGGUAUGAUCUUCCUGUCCGUAAGGCGCUGUGCGCUAUUCCUAUCCCAACAGAACUGUCUUCCCUAUCUGUCGAAGGAGUUCGGCGACUCUUGACAAGUCUCAACAUGGCAUGUUAUGCUGACAACUUUCAAGAAGAACAGGUAGAUGGCGAGAUAUUGGUGGAAUUAGAUGAAACAGCUUUGAAAUCUUUAGAUUUAAAGCCGUUCCAUGUAAAAAAAAUGAUAAAAGUUAUCGCAGGUUGGCGACCAAAUGUCGGCGGCAACAAGGAUUAA